AUGUCAGAAGCAAAUGUGGAUCCACUUCUAAUUGAAGAUGAAAAUAUUAAUAAUAUUGAAGCUAAUCAAACAAUGUUAAACGAAAUAUGGAUGAUUAACAAUAAAAAUAUAAAACUUGAACCACAAUUAAGAACAGAAGUAACAUUUCUAGAUGAAAAUAUAAAAAUUGAAGAAAUACUCAUAAAAAAUGAAGUUAUGGAAGAAGAAUCUUAUUCAUGUGACAUUUGCGAUGAAACUUUUACAGUGCAAAGUGAAUUAGACGAACAUCGACUUAUUCACACCGAAGAAGAUCCUUUUAUAUUGGCAGUUGAACAUAAACCAAUUCAAAAUGAGAACCUGGAAUAUUCGUGUGAUAAAAAUUUUACGAGUGAACAUCAUUUAAAUGGAUAUAAACGACCUAAUUUUCGCGAAAAAUCUUUUUCAUGUGAUAUUUGUAAAGAAAAGUUUACUCACUUACACAGUUUAGGUUAUCACAAACAAAUUCAUACCGGAGAACCACUGUAUUCAUGUGAUAUUUGUAACAGACCAUUUCCUCGAAAAAAUUAUUUACUUAACCAUAUACGAUUAAUGCAUGACAAACAACGACCAUUUUCAUGCGAUAUGUGUGAUAAAACAUUUACGUCUCAAAAUCAUUUGUAUUCACAUGAACGAAUACAUGUGACAUAUUUGUAA